AUGACCAUCACCUUCGCCUGUCUCAUCCCCAGUGGUGACGGCGCCAAGAAGGGUGCUGUGUUCGGUCUGUUCCUAUACAUGGCCUGCUUCGGUGCUACCUGGCUCCCUCUCCCCUGGUUGUACCCUGCUGAACUCUCCCCCAUCAAGACCCGCGCGAAGGCCAACGCUGUCUCCACCUGCAGUAACUGGCUGUUCAACUUCACUGUCGUCAUGAUCACGCCUGUCAUGGUUGACCGGAUCCAGUGGGGAACUUAUCUUUUUUUCGCAGCCCUCAACGCCUCGUUUAUUCCCGUUAUCUACUUCUUCUACCCUGAGACAGCAAACCGCAGUCUGGAAGAGAUUGACUUGAUUUUCGCCAAGGGAUUUGUCGAGAACAUGUCUUAUGUCAAGGCUGCCAAGGAGCUGCCCAAGUUGUCCGACGAGGAGGUCGAAGCUAUGAACAACGAGUUUGGUAUUGGCAGCGGCGACUCGUGUGGUACCGGUGGUUCUACUGAUGAGGUUGCCACUGAGAAGGGGGCUGCUCAGCACCAGCAGGAGGCCUAA